GCAAAAAUGUAGCCGUUCAAUGUCUCCUAGAUUGGCUCUUCUAUAGGUGUGGUAUUGGUGAACGAUAGGUUGGCAUGAACGAUAAAUGGCGUAUAAGUUGUUUGUCAAAAUACUUUUGGGCCCACAUGUAGCGUCAUAUUGUUGAUGACGUGACUAGCUGACGUAGAAUGACGUCAUAGGAAACUCAGGUGGCUAAGUCUCACUACUCUCGUUUUCUAUCAGUUUUCUUCGUGUUGCGAGUGGGAGAGAGUGCCCCGGCCGACUGAACGAAACGCUGUGAACUGCAGAGGCGUUAGCUAGUGUUUCGUGGUAGGGAUAGCGUAGGCCUCACACGUUGGCGGUGGUUGGUGCUGCUGGCUGUGGGUUGCAUGAGACCGACUGACUCAGAUACCCAAGCAACAAGUGUGCGGGCGGGCGGACAACGCCGAGUUCUCUCUCACUCCCUGACGUGAAGGGGGAAAAACCUGUGUCUUGUAGAAUUCUGUGCGUGUCGUAACUGUGUCAUCGUCAUGGUUAUCCUUCGAAGCCAAGGCAGUAGAUCGAGCAUGGCCAUCGACGCCAGCGGUGUGUGGCCCGCCCCCAGCUGCCGACGCGGUGCUGUGACCGCUUACAAGUUCCGUGUGCGAGAGGAACGGAAGCGAGUGAUCCGCCUCUCCAACGAGAAGUACCGCACCAUUGACGACCACGAGAGCGGCUUGCGACGAUUCGUCCUCAUCAAGAAUACCCUGAGGCGCCUGCAGAGGGAGGCACGCGAGGAGAAGCUGGCCCGUCACCGCGCAGGCACCAACAACGUCUCCCCCUCUUACCUGUCCGCCUCUCGCCCCCGUGCCUCGUCCCCGCCCUGCGAUAUGCAGGUGUCUGACGUGUUGAGCGAGUACGGCCAGCCCACCCCCGCCCCCCUCACCUCCUUGGAGGAGGACGACCCUUUGUCAUCCCCGGCCAAGAAACUUAAGCUCUUUCAUGACGACGACAAGGAAAAUUCCCGGGACUCGUGUGAGACGCGGCUGCAGUGCGAGACGGACCAGAAGGAAGACAGUCGGGGAGUCAUUGAUGACACCAUCCUAAGGGACUUGUAUGAGACGUUAUCGCCCGACCCCCUGUCGUCGCCCCGCCCCGGUACUCCGACGCCGCCCCGCCCAGACACGCCUUACUCCACCUCACCGUACUCUUGCAACCUGCCGACCACCACCACCUCCUCGCUGGCCUGCUCCCCUAGCACCAACACCACGUGCAGCGCCGCCCCCGCCGCCGCCACCACUACCACCUUCAGUAGUGGCGCGGGCUCAGGCAGCUUCUACGAGUGGUCAAGGCCGCAGCAGCAGCAGUACGCCUGCGGGCACGCCUCGCUCCUAGGCAACGAUCUACAGUCAGUCGUUUUCCACAGUCUAAUUGCCUCGCUGGAGUCCUAACGCGCGUACAAUGCUGUUGGCGAACUCCAGCAGCAAGAGCGGUGACUUGCGAGGACUGCAGUGCCAUGCCAAAGAGGUGCAAUCACUGGUGGGCCGCCCCCGGACCGUGUGUGAUUCAUCAAGUGUUAUCAGCUGUGAUCUUAACGUUAUUUCGCGGAGCCCUGACUCGUGCAGUGCCUCAGAGACGUGUGUAGCAGGCGGGGCGUCCAGAUCUCGACCCGCCCAGUGCAGGUGGCGGCCUUGAGGGGCGUCGGACACAGAGUCUAGUGCUAGUAUCAGAGAGACAGGGCGAGCCGUGGACUUCGUAAAGUAAGACUCAUGCACUCAUAAUUCAGACACACGCAUUCAUUACUAUCAUUCAUCCUCGCCAAAUUCUCUACACACAUUGCCACAUUUUCUUGGUCCCCGCAGUGUUUAUUUGUCGCUUUAGGGAGUGAAGCCGUACAGGCAGUGUUCCAAGAGGCCUCUUCCGUCCCUGCCAGUCCCCGGGACAGGCGAGAGAGGAAGCGGUCUCCUGCCCCGGCCCGGGAGACGUGGGUGUGGACGCCUCGGCCUUCACCUGACAUUCUUGACUCACUUCAUGAUGUCAGCGGAGUGUCGUGGGUUCCCCUCACUCAACUUCCGGCUCCAGAACACUUCCUCGGGUUCCCUUCAGCCUGGCCUCGGCGCCGCUCUCAACUCGCAGGCAUUUUGUUAUCUAGUCCUUGUUUGUCCAAAGUUCUUGUUUAUAUUGGUGGUGGCGGGUUUCUGUUGACUGUUUGUAUGCGUAUGAGUGCGCGUAUAUGAAAGAGAGAGACUGUGUGUGUGUGUGUGUUAGUGAAUGACAGUGAGAAAAUGUGCCUGUGUUCCUCUUGACAGUCCAAUCCUUACCUGGGUUUUGUGAGUCGCCUGGACAAGGUCAACAAGCAGCCGCCGCCAAAGGUAGUCUUGUGUCCCUGUCCCUCGCAUCGCCCCUCCCCACACACAACACAGAAACACCUCAGAGGGCGAGGUCCCAGCACCUUCCCGUGCCAUCAGAUCAUCGCAUAAAUUAGACUUAGUUUUUACAAUUUUGUAUAUUGUACAAAUGUAUAUGAUGAAAAAUUUGGUUAUGAUUAAGAGGUAUUUGUAUUUAGUUUGUAUCAUAGUGAAGCUGUGAAGUUACAUCAUGUCAAUACCAAGAUGUCGCUUGUAUAAAUAUUUUUGUUCCAGGUUGAAUGUAUCAUUAUUAGUCGAUGAUUCGCCAACGAUUUCAAACUAAGAGAUGUAAAAAUAGACAUUUAUUUACGCAAAAAAAGGUUGUAUCAAUUCCUGUUUAUUCUGGUAACGCCUACUUAGAGUUAAAGAAAGUAAAACAUAACCAAUCGAUGAGAGGCGAGUCAGGGGGAGGGGCGCGGCCUGCCUUAAGAUUCCCUCGUUAACGUGCACUCGGGAGGACAGCCAGACCCCGCCGUGCCCUGCCCGCCUCCCCCGACACCCGUCAGCUCCUCCAAGUGCCUGGGUGGCGGUGGUGGUGGUGGUGCAAGACAUUUGAUUCUGCUCCUAUCGAUUCAGGACCUGGCUCUCCCCCACCCCCUGAACCCUCUCGCCUCGGCGCCGCCACUACAGCACGGCAAGGCGGAAGGCUGUGUAUUGUGCCAGUGAGGGAUGCUUGCUUCCUUCAGGCAGUGGAGAUAUUACUAAAAAGUAGGAAAAAAAAAACAAUUUACAUGUAAAUGCCAACUCCGAAAGCCUUGAGACCCACCGCCGCCUCUCGUGGCGAUCGGCCUUCUCGCACGAACCUGGUCUUAUUAUUAUUAUUAUUAUUAUUAUUAUUAUUAUUAUUAUUAUUAUUAUCAUAGGUCUUAUGUUGUUAUUUUUUUUCAUGUUUCUCACCAAGUGAAUGUUUGCGAAGUUUGUUCUCCUCCUCUUGACUUUCACUGUUCUGUUGUCAAGACCUUGUAAAGGCUAAGGGUUAAGCACAAUGUAAAGGAGGUUUAGAAUACAACUGGCCUAAUGUACAAAACGAAGCACCUCGCCGCGCCCGGUGCUGCUGGACGCGGCGGCAGGUGCUGAGAGUCACACUGGCUUUCUUAUGACGUAGGUAGUGUAAAUCUGCUACGUAGUGUUGAUGCUGUAACCAACUGUGACUAGUAGUGGUGAGGUUGUAGAGAACGAGAGGAAGGGUUGUUCCUGCCAAAACACAUGAGAAAGGUGUAUUGACUUGUUACAUUGUAUUUUGUGAAUUUUCCAAAUAUAUUAUAUGAAAGAGUA